UGCNAGUCAAUAAUUCGCACGCGUCGAAAAUUGAGAAACAAGCUGUGCGCUUUGUAGCACCUCAACGCGAAAUGUCAACCGCUAAAAGUCUCGCAAAAUCGGAUGCGUCAGUAGCUGCUGUUUUAAUUCCGCUGUGCGAAUCCGGAGAGAAGGUUAUUACGGAGUUGUUCGAGGACUUCGGUGCUGAACCAAAAUUUGCAACUGCUUUUCCAUGUUCCACGCCUGCACCUUCGCCAGUGAGAAUGAGCAUCAUCUCAAGGCGAGAAAGCCUAGAAAAUGGCGGCGAGGAAGAUGGCCAUUUUGAAGUUUUAUCAAAGAGCGCUUUUGAAUCAUCAGUUGGAUUCAAUAAAAUGGACGAGUUUGAUUAUUUGGAAACUGGAGAACUUCAAGAACAAGCUACUUUUAAUUUUUCAGCCAUGAUGAGUGAGGUACUUAUCACAAAGCCCACAAGAACACCAGCAACUCAAAACAUCACAAAUCCAUACAAGACCAUCACAAUCUCUUCCAUUUCAAUGUAUGACUGCCUUGUGACCAGUAUUUCAAGUCAAGAUGAUUUCUGGGUGCAGUUGGCUGAGAAUGCUUUGGAGCUUGAAGAACUUAUGCUUCAAAUUUCAUCUUCAACUAAAUUAGUUCAAAUGCCUCUUCCCAAAAUUGGAGACCCAUGUUUAUUCAUGGUGACACCUGGCCUAGUUCUCAGAGGACUCAUUGUGGAAACUGAUUCAUCACUAUCAGUGUCUGUGGUGGCAGUUGAUUUUGGAUGCAUCCAAGAAGUUCUUCCAAGGCACAUUUUUGAAAUAGAAGAUAAAUUCCUUGAACCUCCUCAGUUUGCUGUGCAUUGUGGAAUUGUGCAAUACCCACAAAAUAUGGAUUCCAUUGAGUGGCUUGGAACUUAUCAGAUGCUGUUCUCUGAAUUUUUCAGGGAUAUGAACUCUGGAAAGUAUUUUGUUGAACAUUUUCAGCACUGGAAUGAGGAUGAUUACUAUGUUCAAACUUGAGCCUGAUUUAAUCAACUACUGUGAAUAUUUUGCCUGCGUU